AUGCUGUUUAUUCGUGUAUUUUGUUCGUGCUGGGGGGUUCGACGCGACAUUUGUCGGAAUCCGGCAAACGUAACUGUCUGAAUCAGAUAGUUUAUGUCGUCGUUGACCUAAAAUCGUCAAUUUAUUCGUAUUUUUGCAGUCCGACAACUCCAUAUCAACAAAACUGGCAAUAUUGAGACAUCCGAUUGAAAUAUUAUGGAUUGGAAUGACAAUGGAUGGGGUUUUGCGAGAUGAAAAUCGAAAAAAUCGAGAAUUCGAUAUCAGGAGUUUGUGGAAGAUGGAGAAUCGGAAGAAAUGUAGUCUGGAAGUGGAGCAGAAGGGUGAUUGGUGGAAUCGGGAGGAUUUGAAAGCCAAAAGAAGCUCGAAAACCUGUUCGCAUGGAGGAUAUGUUGUCUGAAGAUUGUUGGAAGCAAAUGGUAUGAUUUUUGAAUGAAAGAUUCAAGAAAACUCAAGGUUGUGGAAUUUCAGGAAAAAGAGUCAGAAUUUGGAAGAGGAGGAAGCUACUCGAAGGGUCGAGGGAUAGGUGCGAAGAAAAAGGGUAGGAAAUCCUGCACCGAAGUCCGAAAAUAGCAACUCCAUGGAUAAUGGAAGCGAUCGAACGUCAUUUAAUGGUUAUUUGGCGCCAAGGUGGACACCCAGGUGAACGUGUUUCGAUGCGCUGA